ACAAAAAAUCACACCAGAAGUGCAAGAGGACGGAAACGUGUUGUCACAUUUUGGCGUCUGAGCAGCUUUGUUGAUAGGGGGAGGUCUUCUAUGGAAAUUUUAUAAUGGGCUAAUCCCCUCGCAUACGUAAUAGAAGCCAGUGCCAAGAGCAGAGCUCAAAACCAAACCGCCAUCUGUCUGACACACACAGAUUGUUCUGACGAGAGCGCGGAGACGCAUCACUUUUUACGCACAGCACGACCGCGGAUUUUCACCCGAGUCCCAGCUGCUCUGUGUCACAUCCUGGCGCACUGACUGGUAGCACAGACGCGGGAACCACUUUGGACUUAUGCUUUUCAUCGUUUCACAAUUUAUGGACCCGCAGAGCUGAUAGAUCUCUCAUUUCUGUCGCGCGUAAAAGUUGUUCGGUGCGUCAAGAGGAAACAAUUCCGGCUGCAAAGUUUAGUUUCUCUCAGAUUUAGGGCUAAAACAUCAAGAUGGAAAACUCUACAUCAUCCCCAGAUCCGAACCAGACUUUGGGGAUGUGGACAGACUACAGCAUCCAGUACAAAGUGAUCAGUAGUUUGCUGCUUCUCGUGAUUUGUGUUGUAGGAAUCGUUGGAAACGUCAUGGUGAUCCUGGUUGUGCUCACCACCAAACACAUGAGGACUCCAACAAACUGCUACCUGGUGAGUUUGGCUGUGGCGGACCUGAUGGUGCUCACAGCGGCGGGUUUACCCACCAUCACUGACAGCAUCUUUGGCUCCUGGGUGUUUGGACACUAUGGAUGCCUCUGCAUCACCUACUUCCAGUACCUCGGGAUCAACGCGUCCUCGUGCUCUAUAACAGCGUUCACCAUAGAGAGAUACAUCGCCAUAUGUCACCCCAUUAAAGCGCAGUUUCUGUGCACCCUGUCCAGAGCCAAAAAGAUCAUUGUGUUCGUCUGGGCUUUCACUUCUCUGUACUGUGUGAUGUGGUUCUACCUGUCUGACAUCCAGGAGCUCGUGUACGACAACAUCACCAUCAUCACCUGCGGCUACAGAGUCUCCAGGAAGUUUUAUUUACCCAUUUACUUCUUUGAUUUCGGCGUCUUCUUCGUGCUGCCGCUUCUGCUGUCCGCGGUGCUGUACGGACUCAUCGCCAGGAUCCUCUUCCUCAACCCGCUGCCCUCAGACCCCAAAGAGAAGAAGAAGAACGGACAGAACAACAACCACUCUGCCAACAAGAAGAGCAGCUGCAAGAACUCAAGACACUCCAGCUCCACCGCCACAUCACGCAGACAGGUGACAAAGAUGCUGGCUGUGGUGGUGAUCCUGUUUGCCAUGCUCUGGAUGCCGUACCGCACUCUAGUGGUGGUCAACUCCUUCCUGGACCGGGCCUACUUGGACAGCUGGUUCCUUCUUUUCUGCCGAAUCUGCAUCUACCUCAACAGCGCCAUCAACCCGGUCAUCUACAACGCCAUGUCGCAGAAGUUUCGCGCUGCUUUCCGCAAGAUCUGCCGCUGCGGGAGGAAAGGCUCUGACAAACCCACUGCGUACAGCGUGGCCCUCACAUACAGCGCGGUUAAAGACACGUCGAUGGUGGAGAGCACCGAUCACUUCACAACAGAGCUGGAGGAGCUCACAGUCACAGACGAUCUGCUGUCUGAGCAGAAAAUGAUGUUCCCUGAUCAAUGUGUGUACGAGAAGGAGGAUUUCAGUGACGCCUGAGGUUUGUUUCAGUCCACAGAGAGAAACUUUUCUGUUCCUUAGAGUCAAUGAAGGAUGAGGAGUCAGAAAACUCUGCUUAAUGGAGUCUGUAAAGAGGGAUUAUUGAGUCCUGAGUGCCUGCUGACCUUUUUCAAACCAGCGGGCCGAAACUGAAGAAGUAAACACAUCACAGCUGCUGAUGUGGAUUGACAGUCUUAAAGGCACAAAACUCAAAGUAGAUACGGAUUCCAGACAUCGUAAAGACACAACUAUGGACAGAUAAGCUCUCGCAUCUGUGUCUUAUCUUGGACCUAUCCAUGUUAUAUACUGUGAAUGUGUCAACACAACAUGAAUGUGAACAAGGACACCAAUCCCACCUCAGAUAAACGGGAAUGUGCAACAAUCAAGAUCACUUCGGACUCAUUUAUGAUCUUCAAAACUGGAAUGCAGAUUUUUUUGCCCCCCUCCCUCGGUCUGUCAGAGAUAGUCAUGACGUUGCUGAUUUGAGUAUGAGGUUUGACCAUAGACUGAAUGAAAGAAGUGGACGCAGCUUUGUUUCAAAAGUGAAGACAACAAGGUGCCUUAAAACUGCAUUAUCCUUAAUGGCCAGCAGGGGGCGAAGGGGAUUUGUGAAAAAGGUGUCAGAUGGUGUAAAAAACCCGUGAGAAAAUUCUAUAUCCAUUGUGAUUAAUUUAUCAUUAGGAAGUUUUAAGUUUUCUUCAAUACAUUACGAUGUUAAUGUUGUAUAUUAUGGUCCCAUUUGAUGUGAAAUAUAAGAUAAAGUAAGAUAUGCUGUGGUGUGCCUACAUGUUUAGCGAAUGAGAACACAUCAACAACAACCUGUCAGACAUGGUACACUGGAUCUCACCAAAUCUCAUUAAAAUAUGGUCACCACUGGCUCCAGAUAACCAAGAUGGCGACAGCAAAAGUGGCAUACCCAAUGCUUCAAAGCUGCAGUCUGUCUGCUUCUUAAAUGCAGUCUUUGCUUAUCACAUAUUAUUUCCAGUCAUCAUCAACAUCCUCUUUAUUUUUCAUUCCUUGGACUCCUCUUAUGUCUUCUUUCUGCCUUUGCCUCCGCCCCUUCAGCUCUGGCGAUCAACUCAUUGCUGGUUGGCGUAAAAACACACCACUAUUGAUGCACAUGGAAAGGACAGGCUCCAGUGAAACCUGGCUUAAAAACUCAAGGGUUUUAAAGUAACAGACGCUCUUUUAAAUUCAGAGUUUUAACUUUUAUGCAGCAACCUGUUGCACCCUGUGAAAAAUGGGAGGUAACUGACUGGCCAAAUACGAAGUCCCAGAAAUCCACUAAUGUGAAAUCCAAUGGACCGCUCAGUCUGGGCACAUUAUUUUUUUACCACAACAAUUUAUCCACGAGGCUUUAAUUGAAACGGAUACCAAAGUGAUGACAGACGACCAACAAGUCCAGAUUGAAUUUUGGAAUCAAGUCUGUAUAGUCGACAACAAAAAUCUAUACAUAAUUUGCCUCUGCUUCAGGCAGGUUUGUUUCUAGGCUGAAACAGGGUUUUUUUAUUACAAAAAUCUUGUCUUAUUAGUCGUACAAACCCCCUGAUGUUUUCAGAGCAGGCGGUUCUUGCAAGCAUGACUCAGCUGAAUGUUCACAGACAAAAACAGGCCCUAUUUUUACUGUGAAGGACACGAAUAUAACCUCCAGCACAACGUGAAAACCAAGACAGACUGCUGAGGUCAUGAGGCCGAGAUGGAGAGGCUUUGUAAACUCAUUGGUUGUAUUUUGAGUUUAAGAAGUCUCAACAUAAAGAGAAGGGAAACUAUAAAGCAAUUACUUUAAUUGAGAAUAGCACCAAAAUUAAGACCAUUGUAGGCUGUUUGAGCUUUAUCUAGCAAGAGGUAUAAUUUAUCAUGGCUCAAAUGUUGUUUCCAUCAGCUUUAAUUAUCAUAAUACUUGAUUGACCUGGGUAGUGGAAGAAACCUUGAAGGAGUAACAUAACACAUGGCAGAAAAUUAAUAUCUAGGUAAUAUUCAUUGUUUUGACUUAUUAUUGGACAGCAAAGUUCUUGCCUGGUGUACGGGUGGUGUUUUGCAACGGACCAUAUCACAAGGCGAUUAUUUUCCUUCUAUGUUGAAAAUUGUAAUUACAUAAGCAAUCUAUGCUAAUUGCUGUCAGCCUUUACCUGGCUAACAUUAGCGUUUGAUAAUACCACUACAUAUAAUACAAAAGCCCAAAGCUACCACCUCCCUUAACAACGUUAUUUGAUAUGACAGGCUUUAAAUUCCUUGCUAAAAUUCCUGUUAGCUAGAAAUUGGCUGAAAGCUACUGCCUCGUUGUAGCUAGGUUAGGUCCAACUGUCUAACAUUACCCGUUGAUGGCGCCACUACAUACAAAUGUUAAGUUCCUCGUUAUCAUUACCAUUACCUGGAAAGUGGUGAAUGCCAACACUGGCUAUGUCUUAAUGUGGCUGGGUUAUAGCCUCUAGCUAGCUGACAUAACCAUUUACAGUGUAUCUAGUUACAACAGGCCUUAAAUUUGUUGCUAAAAUCUUGUUAGCUAGAAAGUGUCUGAAUACUAAUGCAAGCUGCUGUCUGUAGUUACUAAUAGGUUGUAAAACAUCUUGUUUUCCCCUGAAAUACACAGCUAGACGUCCCUUUGUUUUAGUUUAACCGUCAUAUCUACAGUUUCUGAUCAACUAGGAAGUGGUUUAAUGAAUCAGAAUUCUCAUAAGCCGUAUAGUUAUACAACUAGCAACCUGGAGAACAACAGCGCAAGACUAUAACCCUGUGAAUAUGGUUAAUGAAUGUCCAUGAACUUUUGGGGCGGAGCUUCUGAAGAAGAGAUACAUAGCACUAACUCGUUUGGUCAAUAAAGCAGGGGAGCAUUGCCCUCUAAAGGCUGAUUUAUACUUAUGCGUCGCCCCUACGCAGCAGUGGUCAACGCGGACAUGAGCCCCACAUACUUGUGCGUCAAUGUGUCUGUGUCGCGCAGCAAUUCUUCUCCGAAACGCUUGAGGACAGUGCGGUCUCUCUGAUAGCCGGUCGCCUGCUUUCAGCCUCGCUAUGAUCUCUGUUUACUUUUCCACAGCGAUUCAGAGCGUGUUAUGUUAAUCCACAGCUGAUACAUGUUGCUGUUUAUUAUACAGACAUGAUUACAUGAAGAAUAGAGAAGAGGAGAUGAAAUACGAUGUGCGGCCGAUGUCUGGGAUCCCGGAAGUGCUGUAAAUGCGGGAAAUACAGUGCCGCCGAGCAGACCAAUCACAAGGCUUGCGGUCGGCGUUGAUUCUACAGGUAGUUAUAUUUUGGAGGAGGUGCACGUCAGCUACGUACGUAGGCCUCUGCGUAGGUACAGGUAUAAAUAAACAGUAUGAAUCAGGUUUAAUUGAUGAUUUGUCGGUUUUGAAAUUAUUCAAUUUGAACAAAAAAAUGUAAACAACAUUUGAACACUACUUCAGUUAUAUCCUCACCUCUGGUCAAAUAAUGCCUUAUCAAAGAGCAACUCCUCCCUCAGUCUUCAACGCUUAUUUUUGUAUGAGCAACUGAUUGUAAACCUCAAUACUUUACAGUGUAAGAAUGUAUAUAGUGUUACAGGAGUUUAGUGUAACAUUAUGUUGAUAUAAAUCAGCUUCAGCACUAGAAGUUUAGUUAAAGCAAAGUGGAGUGAAUAUGUCCGUGUUUCGUAUUAUGUGAACUGUGUGUUGCUUUGCCUGUCCUGCUUUUCAAGUGAUGAAAACCGUCAGUGAACUGGUGAAAAUGGUUGAGAGGACGUGUGAAGCUCAGCUGAUGUUUUCUGGCGUUUCUGCCAGAUCAGUGACUGUUCAUGAAUUUCAGAGCACACUAAAACCACACAGAGGAAUAUAAAUUGAGCAGCAGCAGACAGCAGACACAGUGGUGUAAAAUGCUGUUCAUUAACAGGUUUUUAUCCUGUGUUUGGAAAUGUCAGAUAACAGCUACAGCUCAGUAAAUCUAACACAACUGCACAUGCCUUGAAUACCAGUACAUUCAUGCACUUGUGAGUGUUUGCUAUGUAUGUACAGUGAUUGUUAUUUAUUGUAAUCUUUCUGUUUGAGUAAUUGGUAUAUUUUUAGUGCCACUCUUGCUUUUCUUAUUUCCCAUAAAAAAACUUUGAAAAUCUUAUUUUGUGAUGCACAUUUUGGAAGCUUGUGUGUUAGUCGUGUUUUUAAAAUAGUGUGAUAUUGUGAGUUUGGUUAUCUGGAAGUUGCUGAUUUGAACAUUUGAUCUUAAUGUUCCAAAUAAAGUUGUUUCUAG